AUGGAUUCGCCCAAAGGAAAUGCUAACAUCCAUGCUGAGGGUGAUCGACCUGGACUCGAAUUCGAUGAUCGGAGAGACAGUACAAGUAGCGAUCGAGGGGACGCCUUAGAAGUAGUCUUUGAAGGCGACGCAGGCCGCCGUAGGAGAUCUUCGAUAGUCCGCGGCCCAUCGAGAACAACGAUACGACCCAAUCACAAGCGCGAAACCACACAAUGCUUCGUCCACACGCUGCUGGAGAAGUACGAAGGCGUCCCGGCGAGGGAGUUCAAUGCCUCCUAUGAAGGCCUCGCACAGGAGAAGCGCAUCGACAAGGACCCGCACGCCCACGCCGAACAGGCGCAGUACUCGCGCCUCCUCACCAAAAAGCAGAUUUCCGAUAUGGCAUUUGGGAUACGCGAGCUUUCGAAGAAGUUGUCACACAUCCGACUGAAAUUGCACGUUAAGAAUGUGUUUAUUCUGUCGAAGGCGUACGACGAGACUCUCAUCACACAUUCGAGGGAGGCGACGGAAUGGCUUCUGUCGAAAGAAGAUGGAUAUAGGGUAUAUGUUGAGAACACGCUGGAGAAUAACAAGAUCUUCGAUGCUGCAGGGCUGCUGGAGAAGAAUCCAUCUUUUAAGGGCAGAUUGCGAUUCUGGGACAACAAACUGUGCGCCGAAAGGCCACAGACCUUUGACAUUGUUCUCGCUCUCGGCGGUGAUGGAACGGUCCUGUACGCAUCAUGGCUCUUCCAACGAAUCGUCCCGCCAGUCCUUGCCUUCUCCCUCGGAUCCCUAGGUUUCCUCACCAAAUUCGACUACAGCUGCCAUCAAGACACCCUCACGCGGGUCUUCGGGGACGGCAUAACUGUGAGCCUUCGCCUGCGCUUCGAAGCAACUGUCAUGCGGUCACAAACCCGCACCGACGGGCCCCGCGAUCUUGUCGAAGAGCUCAUCGGCGAGGAGUCAGAAGACCACCACACCCACCGCCCAGACGGCACGCACAACAUCCUAAACGAAGUCGUUGUCGACCGGGGCCCCAACCCCACGAUGUCGAGCAUCGAACUCUUCGGCGACGACGAGCACUUCACGACCGUGCAAGCCGACGGCAUCUGCGUAUCCACACCCACAGGCUCCACCGCAUACAACCUCGCCGCCGGCGGCUCCCUCUGCCACCCGGACAACCCCGUCAUCCUCGUCACCGCCAUCUGCGCCCACACCCUCAACUUCCGCCCCAUCAUCCUCCCCGACACCAUCGUCCUCCGCGCCGGCGUGCCCUACGACGCGCGCACGAGCUCGUGGGCCAGCUUCGACGGACGCGAGCGCGUCGAGCUCAAACCGGGCGACUACGUCACCAUCAGCGCGAGCCGCUUCCCGUUCCCGAGCGUCCUCCCGUUGGACAGGCGGAGCAAGGACUGGGUGGACAGCAUUUCGCGGACCCUGCAGUGGAACAGCAGGCAGCGCCAGAAGGAGUUCAAAGAAUGGAAGCAGUAA